GGUGUUUCAACCCGGAAGUGAGAGGCUACUCCAGAAGAUGGUGUCUUUGUUAAAGUAGAGCUUGAAUAAAAAAUAAAAAAAAGCGAUAGGUACUUUAAAUCAAAGCGAAAGCAACAUGAUAAAUAAAGUAAAUGAUAGUUAAAUGCGUAAUUACUGCGAAAAACAAGUGAACUGUCCUUGAAGGGAAGCGACAUGGACAACAGCGGCGGGUCCUACACGGACAAUCUUAUUGGGACUUUGCUGGCAAUUUUUGGAAACGUCAUCAUCAGCAUCGCCUUAAGCAUCCAGAAAUACAGCCAUGUGAAGCUAGCAGGAACUAAGGACCGUGUCUUCUACCAGACAAAAACCUGGUGGUCUGGUUUUGUCUUCAUCUGUCUUGGGGAGGGAGCCAAUUUUGUGUCUUAUGCCUUUGCCCCUCUCGCCAUUGUAGCACCUCUUAACACUGUGUCCAUCCUAACAAGCUCCAUCCUGGGCUUCAUAUUCCUGCGUGAGAAAUAUAAAGCGAAGGAGUUUGUGAAGCAGCAUGGGCUCACCUUCCUGGGUUACGGCUUCACCAUAGGAGGAACUUACCUGUUUGUAUCGUUUGGACCAAACUCUCAUGAAAAACUCGAAGCAACAAACAUCGUGAAACAUAUCGUAGGCUGGCCUGUUCUCUUGUAUUUGCUCCUGGGCAUCAUCACAUUCGCCCUGUUCUUAUACUUCUACAAGCAGCACAAUGCUAACUACCUUGUUGUUAUCCUGCUGCUGGUCGCGUUGCUGGGCUCGGUCACGGUCAUCACAGUGAAGGCCGUUUCAGGCAUGCUGGUUCUCACCCUGGAGGGCUCCAUGCAGCUCGACUACCCGAUCUUCAGCGUCAUGUUCGUCUGCAUGGUGGCGUCGGUCGUCUUCCAGGCCAGAUUUCUUUCCCAAGCGUCCAAACUGCACGACUCCUCUCAGGUUGCCUGUCUCAACUACAUCCUGUCCACCAUAUUUGCUGUGGGAGCUGGAGCUGUGUUUUAUUUGGAGUUUAAGAAGGAUGACGUCCUUCACAUCUGCGUGUUUCUGUUGGGAUGUGCGUUGUGUUUCCUCGGAGUGUUCCUCAUAACCAAAACCAGAAGAAGGAACAAGCUCUUCGAGCCGUACGUCACCAUGGAUAUGACUAACGGCGUCCCGACGAUUCAUGACAAGGGCCUGGUUGUUCAGCCGGACUUUAAUGGUUCUUUCUCCUACGGGGCUCUCGUCAACAACGAUGGAGUGGCGCCUGCUGCUCUACCAGCAAACCUGGGGCAACCUGCGGUCACCGAGAGGACGUCGGAUCCAUCUCAUGGCCAGACUGAGCUAAAGAAAGAUUGAAGCUCCGCCCCCAUCACACCGUCCAGCUACACCACUGACUCUUACGCUUUAAUUCUUGUAACACUUUAAUGAAAACCACUGAACCAAAACAUGAACUGAAGAAGGUUUCUUGUUUUAAAGACGCGUAUGAGUAAACAGAACUUUAGUGCUGGUUUAGAUUUAAGGAUGAUUUUGUUUAUGAUGAGUCCUGUCUUGAAACGGUUCCUCCUCCUCCAGCCUCCGGGAGAGUUCAGUCCUAGCAGGAAACGAAACACGAAGCUGCUUCAGAAUGGACUCGGAGCGAAUGGACUGGUGUAUGUUUUACUGCAAAGCGUGCCUACUGUGCUUCCAUGUGUGGCGUACGUUUUGAAGCUGCUUUAGACCAGUUCAAAUGUACCAAGAACUGACUGGAAGUCCUAAAACCAGAAUGAAGAAUCUCAGUGUUGCACCUUUUUUUUUUUUAUUUGUUUGUGUACAUUUUUCUUCGAUGCAUUCAAUAACAGGUCACUUUCUCAACAACCAAAAAAAAAAAAAAUCAGGUGUUACUGAGUAUAACUAGUUAUCUGUUCUCCCAUUCAAUAUUGUUUUUACUUUUAAAACCUUUAAAAGUAAAAGUAGCUGCAGAGCUUUUGAGAUUUGCCAAUAACACUGCCUCCACCUUCGUCACACAUGAACUGUUUGACUUCGCUGCCUCUUGUUCUUUGGAUUUUACCGUACGGUUCCUUCAUGUGACCAAAUGUUUGUUUGAACUUAUUGUAACACGUUUGUCCUGAUGUGCUUUUAACGUGCCUCAAACGGGAGCUUUACUCUGCAGAUUAUAGAAAGACUGCGUGACGCAAGGAGACGUUUGAUAAACAGGCAGCAAACUAAUCUGUCGGUGUGGGUUUCACUGCGUAAACUGUAUUAAGUGUUAACAAAAUGGAGCUAUAGAAAGGCUAAAUGACCGUUAAACACGUUUGAUAUUAAUUUAUAUGGCCUGUUUGCAACUUUUGCAUCAAUGUAUAAACCA